AUGAAAUCUUACAGAAACGGAAGCAAUUCAAGCGCUGGCGCUGAUGAGCACGAGCGCACCAACGCUGCUACCAGCAAAGAGAAGCCCCAACCUGGCCCAAGCCGAGCAUCCGCUCGAUAUGGCUCACAUGAUGUCAAGAAAAAGGGAUUCUCGAAUCUACGCCAAGCCUCCAAGCGACCAAUGCCUACCCAGCGCGGGGAUGGGACUUAUCCUUCAGAAGUUAUUCGACCUACCAUGGUCCAGAAUCUGAAAGCCCUACAGGCCGCAGAUCUCAAGACACUAGUCCAGAUCAUCAAAUCCAAGAUCAAAGGGGAGAAGAUCCAAGAUGACAAAACCAUGAUCAUGGAACGGACCAUUCAGAUUGUCGCCAAGCUCCCACAUAACUCUCGCCUACGAGAGCAACUAACAAACACCUUCAUUGAAGAACUGUGGGGAUCACUCGAUCACCCUCCGAUGCUGUAUAUGGGCGAUGAAUUCAAAUAUCGCCGUGCUGAUGGAUCUUAUAAUAAUCCAAUGCUACCAAGGCUAGGAGCCGCCGGAGGGCCUUAUGCCCGGUCUGUCAAGCCUCGCAUUGUCACCCUCGGCGCUAUGCCGGAUCCUGGCUUGAUCUUCGAUUCCGUGAUGGGCCGCACCAGUUACAAGAAACACCCCAAUAAUGUUUCGAGUAUUCUGUGGUAUUGGGCGACCAUCGUCAUCCACGAUCUUUUCUGGACGGACUUCAAAGAUAUGACCAAGUCGAAAACGUCUGCAUAUCUGGAUCUCUCGCCUUUGUAUGGAAGCAACCAGGAGAUGCAAGAUUCAAUCAGGACGUUCAAGGAUGGCAAGCUCAAGGCCGAUAGUUUCGCUGACAAGCGUCUGAUCGGAAUGCCACCAGGCGUUUGUGUCCUCUUGAUCAUGUUCAACCGGUUCCACAAUCAUGUGGCGGAGAAUUUGGCUGCAAUCAAUGAGGGGGGAAGAUUCACACCACCAGGUGACAGUCUCAGCGGGGAGCAGUUCACCAAAGCUCUGAAGAAGUACGACGAAGACCUGUUCCAGACCGCACGUCUUGUGACAUCUGGCCUCUACAUCAAUAUUACGUUGGUCGAUUACGUACGCAACAUUGUCAAUUUGAACCGGACCAACACAACUUGGACUCUUGAUCCCCGACAAGAGGCUGGUAUCGAUGCCGGCACACCUGAUGGAGCCGAAGCAGGUACUGGCAAUGUCAACUCCGCAGAGUUUAACCUUUGUUACAGAUGGCAUUCGUGUAUCUCGGACAAGGACGACAAGUGGAUUCAGAAGUUCUACAGCAAGCUUCUGGGCAACAAGGGGCAAAUGUCUCCUCAAGAGAUGGCCUGCGUUUUCGGACAAUUCGAGAAGUCUAUUCCAGAUGACCCUGCACUGCGUACUUUUGCGGAGUACGAAAGAGGCGAUGACGGAAAGUUUGACGACGACGACCUCGUGGACUGCAUCAGCUCCGCGAUCGAAGACUGUGCCGGAGCGUUUGGAGCUCGAAAUGUUCCCCAAGUUAUGCGGCCUGUGGAGAUCAUGGGCAUCUUGCAAGGACGCAAGUGGAACGUUGCUGGUCUAAACGAGUUCCGCAAGCACUUUGGUCUCAAGCCCUACGACCGCUUUGAAGACAUCAACUCGGACCCGGCUGUCGCAGACCAGCUCAAGAAUCUAUACCAGCACCCAGACUACGUUGAACUGUACCCUGGUCUCGUCGCUGAGGAGGCAAAGGCUCCCUUAACACCCGGUGUCGGCAUUGCUCCCACGUACACCAUCUCACGUGUCGUUCUUUCGGACGCUGUGUGCCUUGUUCGCGGUGACAGGUAUUACACCACUGAUUACAACCCCCGACACUUGACCCAAUGGGGGUACAAGGAGGUGGAGUAUGACUUGAAUGUCAACCACGGCUGUGUUUUCUACAAGCUGUUUCUCAGAGCUUUCCCCAACCAUUUCAAGGGUAACUCUGUGUACGCGCAUUACCCCAUGGUGAUCCCGCCGGAAAACCACCAGAUUCUCACGGACCUGGGGAGAGUCGACCAAUUUGACUUUGAACGCCCCAAGCCCACCCCACCGAGGACCGACAUUGUGUCGUUUGGCGGCGUCAAGUACGUUUUGGACAGCCAGGAUCGAUACAAGGUGACAUGGGAUGAUGGUUUGUCCUUCCUCAUGGGCAAGGGUGGAAGCCGCUUCAUGCUUUCCGGAGACACUGAUUUCCACACGAGCCAGAAGAAGUGCAUGGGCGCCCAACUCUAUCAAGACGACUGGGGUUCUCAUGUCAAGAAAUUCUACGCCGAGAUGACGGAGCAACUCCUCCGCGAGAAGUCAUACAAGCUUGCCGGUCAAACGCAUGCUGACAUUAUCCGGGACGUGGGCAACAUCGCCCAUGUCCACUUCGCCGCCAGGGUGUUUAAUCUUCCUCUGAAGACCAACAAGAACCCCAAAGGCGUCUUCACUGAGCAGGAGAUGUAUCAAAUCUUGGCGGUCAUCUUCGUGUGCAUCUUCUUCGACAUCGACCCAGCCAAGUCUUUCCCUCUCCGACAGGCUGCCAAGGAGGCAGCACAGUCGCUAGGCAAGCUGAUUGAGACGAAUGUCAAAAUCACUACGAAGACCGGGCUUCGCGGGAUCUUCACUGGUUCGGCGGAUAAGCAAGAUCCCCUCGCAUCAUACGGAACCAACAUGAUCAAGGGCCUCGACAAGGCCGGCCUCAGCACCUAUGACAUCGCGUGGAGCCAGAUUCUGCCUACAUCAGGAGCUAUGGUUCCGAACCAAGCCCAAGUCUUCGCUCAAGCGGUUGAUUACUAUCUCUCGUCUCCAGGCUCGGCCCAUCUUGAUCAAAUCCAUGCCGUUGCCCUAGCACCCUCCACGAAAGAGUCCGAUGCGGUAUUGCUUGGGUACGCCAUGGAGGGUAUCCGGCUUGCAGGCACAUUUGGUUCCUACCGUGAGGCAGCCCAAGACGACGUCAUCGUGGAGGAUGAUGGUCGAGAAGUGCCUGUGAGACGGGGCGACAAAGUUUUUGUUAGUUUCGUUUCUGCUGCAAAGGAUUCGAAGCACUUCCCGCAGCCGGAGGAGGUCAACCCGCGGAGGCCGAUUGACUCUUACAUACACUACGGCCUCGGCCCACACUCCUGCCUGGGCCGCGAUGCAAGCCAAGUUGCUCUCACAGAGAUGUUCAGAGCGCUUUUCCGGAGGAAAAACGUCAGGCGCGUACCGGGCCCUCAGGGACUUUUGAAGAAAGUCCCAAGGCCUGGUGGUUUCUUUGUGUACUUGAAGGAGGAUUGGGGCCAAAUUUGGCCGUUCCCUGUCACCAUGAAGGUGAUGUGGGACGAUAAAUGA